UGGGGAGGAUGUAACGCGGCUUCUGCUUCCUUUAGAGACCCUUUCUGGAGCUGAGAGUUUGCUUUACUGAUAUCUUAAACUCAAAUAAUGGGGCGAUAGGAGGCGGUGUUGUUCUAAACCGUUAAUUGGAAAUUACUACUACAAAGUAUUAAAAGGGUGCCAUCAAAUUUCAUGUCACUUUGUAAAUAAAUAAAGCUUUGUGUCCUUGCUUCACAGAAGAUCUUUGAGACUGUAUAACAUGCUUUUUGCACAGAAUUCAGAACCCAGUCGUCCAGUUAGGCUAUCCUUAAAUACUUCUUUUUCUUCCUGAAGAAGUAACAUUUAUAUUUAUACAAAGUAACUGAAACAGCAUUGUAAAGUUACGGGAAAGCAAUAAAAAGGUUUUUCCUAAUACACAAAGAGAAAAUGUAUAGAAAGGCUUUUUUAAAUGAGAAGUAAAGCAUGUCAGACAGUGCGGGUAGAUGCAGCCGAGCACGAUACAUUUCAUUAGGCAGCGCUGGUCAAUGGCGAGUGGCCCCGUUGGAAAACUCCGGGAGAGCUCCCGAGGGCGCUGCCCGGCAAUCCCGCGGCCCUGGCAGACGCUCAGCCGGCGCUCAGGUUUCCAGCGGCACCGGGCGGUUCUGUUGUGCUCUCCGAGUCCGGGAGUCCUGCCUGGGUGUGGAGUAUCCAGUGUUUGUCCUGCCGGGCCGCCUGCCGAGAAGGUUGGGUGGGAGCGGGGAUGAGAUAUUAAUAUCACUGUGAUAUCAAACAGUGACUGCUGGGAAAGGAACGGGAAUUCACCAACGGGCACCCAGUACCUCGGCCCUGAGUGCAAGAGCGUAGUUUUUGCUGGCACUCGAGUACAGCACUGGGAUGCGUUCAGUGCAUUUUUUAAACAGUAGUUCUGUGACCAAAUGUAGAAAGUUUGACCAGAGGGCUUUGAGCACUGACCAGCACAUUCCAAGCCUAAUGAUUCAUGCUUACGGUUUAAAACCGAGGCUGCAGGUUUGCAGUUCAGUUGCACAUUAGUCUUACUUGCAACUGCCUUGCUGUGUCUUUUUAAAACUUGAGAGAAGGAUUUGAGUAGUUCACUAUUUGACAAGUAAUUAAAAGAGGUCACUGGAUUUGAUGCUUAUUUGAGCUGACAGAGUAGAAGCUGUGGCAUAGCUGGCAGAUUAGCAGUUCUCUAUGAGAUAAUUCUCUAUGGAUUCAUACCUGCUGCUAACUGCUGCUUUAUUAGCCCAGAGUGGAUUCUGGGUGAGUUCAACAGGUGAGGGAGUUUGGGAAUGGUCUGCAACCCCUACAAACCAAACAUUUUAAAGAUUUUUGUCUAAGUUGAUGAUGUCUAAGCUGACACAGGCUGUGGGCACUGCCUGCAUCCCAAGAGGUCCAGCUGUUGAGAUGCCAUUACAUGAGUUCCUCUCUCAUGAGCUGUCUGAUGAGCAGUUCUUGUUCCUUUCCCCAUGGAAAGCAGGUAAAAUCAGGGUGGAUUUUUCAUUUCAGCCUCAUUACACUGUAGGAACUGCAUGUUACUUCUGGGGCAGCCACAGCAGGCAUGUCAGCACCUCAGCAGGACUCAGGUAUUGGCAUCCUGGUGAACGUCAUGAGGGGAGCAGAACAGAACUUCAGAGAAACUUCUUUCUUGGCUGCACACAGUUUUUUUAAGAGGUGGAGAAAAAAAAUCUUGUAACACCCAUGUUUUUCCCUUCCUGGAGAGGAAUCUCACUUGCCCCACAUUUUUUGGACUGAAGGGUGGUACUACCCCCUUCAUCAGGCUGUAGAACAUUUCAGGGUCUAGGUUUUUUUAGGGAGCAGAUCAGCUGUUUAUCUGGGUACAUGCUUCCAUAGAAUCAUGGUUACUCAGCUGAGAAUACAAUAAUUCCUUAAAAGUGUUUUGAGGGGUAAAAUUGGAUUUUACUGGAAGAGCUUGUGGGUUACCUCCCUUAUCCUGAAGGGAAGAGCACUGAAGUAGAUGUGAUGUGUUUGCUCUCUCUCUGCAAGGGUGAAGGUUGCACAGGAUGGGGAGCAGGGUUCCACCCUGGCUGCAGGAGCUGCUGGACUGGGUGCUCUGCUGCUCCUGCCCAGCUCCAAACGAAUUCCCUCCCUGCAGUUCUGUGAACACACGUGUUCAGUGUGAAAAAUAAUUCUGUCUUGGUCAGAUGAAGUUUCUUUUGAAACAGUGUUGUCGAUUUAGCUUGUUGCUGUUUAAGUAUUUACUAAUUUCUGAUGUUCCCAAAGUAGCUCCUCUGUGCUCCUUGUUGCUUUUCUUUGAAUUUUGAUAGGAUUUUGGCUAACUGCUUUCAGCAUUUUACUAUACAGAUGGCAUCGUUUUUGUUGUGUAGGAGUUUCUUGUGCCAGCCAGAGAAAGACUAAAUGAUAUUUUAAAUAGGAAAACAAAAAGAGUUGGCACAAGGCUCAGGGAGGAAGGAGUAUGUUUUGAGUGCUUUCACUGAUCUUAAAUUUCCCAUCUUUCAGUUAGCUGGGUUUCUUUUUUAAUUUGCAGUUAUUAAAAUUCAGCUUGAACAACAUGCACACAGGUCUUGGAUCUUCCUGACACACAGAAUAUCAUAUAGAAAUUUUCUACCCGAGAAAAAUAUUCUAAUGCAGGAUCUCCAGAGGUGUGUCUAGGGAGUAUCUGUAAUAUUUGGAGUUGAAGGCCAAUCAAAAUACACAAUUACUGCUUGAAUAUUUUCCUUUUGAGGCCUCACUGGGAUGCCAUUUGCUAGUUAAUUCUAGCUUUUCCUGCUGGUCCUCCCACUCCUCCUGCAUUAUCCCUAUUACAAUACAAGCCUUUCCCUCAGUCAGAGCAACAGUGCUCUUUUUCAUCUACUCUGUCAGCCAGAGAGUUUUCACAGUGCUUAGAAAGCUCUGGAAGCAAGGAGGGUUUUUUUUAAUUUGUUUUCAACCCAGCUUUAGCAGAAAGCAGAAGUGAAAUGGAACCACGAGAGAGUCAGCCCUGCAAUCGUUCUGAGUAUUUGGUUUAAUCUUGAGGUGAGAUGUAGCUAUCUGACUUCACUUUUUGAAGCAGGACUCCCUUAACAAUCCAAACCCAGUCACAGGAGAUUCAGAAAAUCUAUGUUUGAGGUGUGUUUUGUAGGAUUUAAGAGGGAAAUGUCUCUGUAUAUUUAGAAUGCUUAGAUAGAAACAGUGCAGCCUUUGGUCUUUAAAAAUCAAACCAGCUACCAAACAGUUUCCUACUGUUUUGUAUUUUAGUUCUACUGGACACAAAAAACUGUGACAGUACUGAAAGUCACAUAAUAGGCACAUAACACUUCUUUUAUACCUAGUUAUCAAGCUGGCCCUAAAACUGGCUUUUUUUGUAUGUAUCUGGUUAUUUGUAGAAGAAUGUCCACUACCUGUUCCCUUAACUGAGUGUUUUUAGAUGGAAGCAGAUUUCCGCAGAUGGAUGUUUGUGUCUGGCAAGAGUUGUAAAAUAGAAAGACAUUCCUUUCUGUUCUGUUUUGUUCUUUACAAGCUGGACACUAAGAACAGGAAAGGAUUUUUGGUGCCCAAGAGUCCAGAACUCUUAGCAGCAGCUGCUGCACUGCAGAAUUAAAGCUGGGAGUUAUCUCCUCCUCCUCCUCCUCUUCUCCGCCCCACUCCUCCUCCCAGCCUUGCAUUCAGGCUGGCGCUGGGAUGAGCUGUGCCAGGCCAGCUGGCUGCUCCUCUCACUAGAGCACUGCUGCCCAGCAGCCUGGGACAGACUGCAGGGUGUUUUUUGGGGAGUUGGGCUUCAAUGGCCACCCGGACUAGCAAGAAGCAAGGACUGCUCAUAUGGACAGCUCAUUUUUAUCGUGUGCAGAGUCGGCUUUGUAGUGGGAUGUUGAAAUAUGACACAAUGCCUGUUUGUUUGCAAUAGCUGCAACUCUCGUAGCAGAGAUUCAAGUGGGAAACAGAGAGGGAAUCCAGAGCCAAACCAGCGGGGGAUUUAGGAACUGUGACGCCGAGUCCUCUCUCCUAUACCGGAGCAAGCAAAGGAAAGAGAGGUAGAGGAAAAAAGACUGAGCCUUGCAACAGCCGUCACCCUGACGAUGUGUCAGUCAAACACCCUGCAGGGACCAGAGCUGCACACAGGGAAAUGGUUGCAAUUCCCCCAGCUGGCCCUGAGGCGAAGGUUGGGCCAGCUGAGCUGUAUGUCUAGGCCUGCUCUGAAACUCCGUUCUUGGCCUCUGACUAUUCUCUAUUACCUUCUGCCUUUCGGUGCUCUUAAACCCUUGACCAGAGUGGGAUGGAGGCCUAUGAGCAGGGUUGCCCUGUACAAGUCGGUCCCCACGCGGCUGCUCUCGCGAGCCUGGGGCCGCCUGAACCAGGUGGAGCUGCCCACGUGGCUGAGGAAGCCGGUGUACAGCCUGUACAUCUGGACCUUCGGGGUGAACAUGAAGGAGGCAGCUGUGGAGGAUCUGCACCACUACAGGAACCUCAGCGAGUUCUUCCGCAGGAAGCUGAAACCGCAGGCGCGGCCGGUGUGCUGCGUGCACAGCGUGAUUAGUCCCUCUGAUGGAAAGAUCCUUAAUUUCGGACAGGUAAAAAAUUGUGAAGUGGAGCAAGUAAAAGGGGUUACUUAUUCUCUGGAAUCUUUCUUAGGACCUCGCAUCUCCACAGAGGAAAUGCAUUUUAGCCAGGCCCCACCUGGUAACUCUUUUCAGAAACAACUGGUCACAAAGGAGGGGAAUGAGCUCUACCACUGUGUGAUUUACCUUGCACCAGGGGAUUAUCACUGCUUCCACUCGCCCACAGACUGGACGGUGUCACACCGACGGCACUUCCCAGGCUCUCUGAUGUCUGUCAAUCCUGGAGUAGCUCGCUGGAUCAAGGAGCUGUUCUGCCACAAUGAACGGGUUGUCCUUACAGGUGACUGGAAACAUGGCUUCUUCUCACUAACAGCUGUAGGAGCAACAAAUGUGGGCUCCAUCCGCAUCUACUUUGACCAGGACUUGCACACGAACAGUCCAAGCUACUCUAAAGGUUCCUACAAUGACUUCAGCUUCAUAUCCAACAACAACAAGGAGGGAAUCCCCAUGAGGAAAGGGGAACAUUUAGGGGAAUUUAACUUAGGCUCUACAAUUGUACUAAUCUUUGAGGCACCCAAGGACUUCAGAUUCAACCUCAAGGCUGGACAGAAAAUCCGCUUUGGAGAAGCACUGGGCUCUCUAUAGGAACUGUCUCAGCAAGAAGAUUUUCUAUAAAAAGGGACUUUUUUCACACCACCGAGUGUUUCACUUAUCAAGUUUGUGUCACUCAGCAGGACCUGGGUGAGGAGGAAGAAAGAUGUCACUGCUGCAUUAAACUUGAAAAUAUUUGGUCUACAUUUACCUGCUGCUGAAUGUAGAAACUGAAUUGAAUGAUCAUGGAUGUAUUGGGUACAGCUGCCUUUAAAGAUGUUGCCCAUGGUGGUUUCAGGCCCACCCUGUGCCUGUAGUCUUUCAUGUUCUGCCCUGAAUGUGCCACAGGAUAAUUAUGUUCUUAGAGCCUCUAAGUCCCUUUUAAGCCUUCCUAGGCAGGUGCAGUAGGAAAGGGUGGAGGUAGAGAUUACCUGUAGUUAAAGGGACACUGACAGGCUGAGUCAGACCUUGUAUCUACAGAAUCUGAUUUACAGACCUUGAGUAAAGAAUAUAUUCUCAUAUUUAUUUUAUUCUAAGAAACUCCACCCAAAUUACUAGAUAAAAGCAGUCUCUGAAUGCACAGAUGGCCAAACAGUGAAAUUUGCUGGUGUGGCUUCAUGGCCCAAACAAAGCAAAAUGUACAACAGUCAGUCAGUACAAUGAGUGACACUCAUCCCUCAUCCUGAGUUUUGUACUGUUAAAAAACUUUAAUUCUUUUGUCUGACAUUGCUGCUUUAAAAAUGGGCUUUGCAGUGUAUUUUAAACCUGAAAACAGUGUCUACAUUCCAGACAACAGAACUUGUCAUCUUGCAAUUUUCUUUUCUUUUUUAAAGACAGACGAAGCUCUGUGUCCUCUUCCUAAUCCAUGGUUUUAUUUUGCUAUUCCAGGCCUUAAAGUUUUUGUCUUUAUGAAAGACAGUUAACUUCAUCUCUUGGAUUAAGGAGUUAGAAGACACAAAGCAUAUUUUUGCUGGGUGAUGUGAUGGCAACUAAAGUGUGCUUUUCCUUUCUGCUAUGUAUCUUGUUACUUUGUCACUAAAUUCUUGAAGAAUUAGUUCCUCUGUUAAAGGACAGCUUCAGCUACUUCAGGACCAAUUUUUAUUGUACAGAGUGAAAUGCCCUAUGCACUGACUGUGUUUAAAAUAUUUAUGGCUUUUUAAAGAAAUUCCGUGUUGCUUCCCAGGUGCCAAUCUGGCCCUCCCUUGACUGGGCAACAACUUCAUCUUAUUCAAAAUACAAAACAAAAAACCACACUGGCUCUGACUUGUACCCUCAUACUUAAUGCUAGGAAUGUGCUGGGGGCUAAAAUCUUUGUGCUGAAGCUUAAUCCACUGUAAAAUUUUAAAGCUUCUGCAACUUCACAUCAAGAAGAGUUAAAAUCUAACACUUUGGAUCUACUGCAUGUGGCACUGACAAAAACCACUGCCAAAGUGAAGAGGAAUUGAGUUUUAAAGCAAUGUAAAUUGUUUUUUGAGAAUAAACUGUUUCAAGUCCCAGCACUCAAACAUGAUUUUGCUAUCCAGAGCUUGUUGGAGUGGACACGCUUAUGAAACCUGCCUUUGUGCUUUCUGAAAGAUUUCUCCUACUACUUCCUUGCUUGAGCUACUUUUCUGCUACUUCAAGGAGAUGACAGGCUCUGAUCUCCUAAAGAAACCCUUCUUUGUAUGCACUGCAGAAAAUAGAAUAUAAUUUUGUUGUACAAAUGUCCAGUUUGCCAAGUCCUGUAUGCUUAGCUUGUCAUCGGGAAGGAAGGGAUGAUAAACUGCCUCUAAGUGAUGUAGCCAGGCGUGAGUCAGAUGAGGGUGGCUGUUUGGGUGACAAGCAGGAGAAAAUUCAUUUGGCUCCAGGAGUCAGUGUUUCCUCACACAGGGAGGAGUUUGAAAGCUUGAAGUGGCUCUCAGCCACCUAUCUUGUUAAAGUUCUUGGUAUUAGCAAGUUUACUCCUGCAGCAGUAUAGUACCAGAUACAAGUCUUUUUAAACCUUUGAGAGUGAGAAAAGAGUAAGGCAAAUAUCAGCUCUGAGAGGAUAAAGUUUGGGUGAUCUUUUUGAUUAAACUUCAGUGUCAUGUUAACAAGAGAAAGCAAAUUUGUUCCAGUGGAUGAGAGAAAAAGACAACUGAAUCUUUUCCUUCUUUUCCACUGGGGUCUAUGACAUCCAGACAGAGCCAAAGGAAGUUUAAGCUUUAAUUUCUUCCUACUCAGCAGCAUCAUCCAUAGUAUCUGAAGGUACAUAUUAGCCUAGUGAUGGAGGAUGGGUUGCUUGAUGUUUGCUUUAUUAGAAAUCCCAGAAGGAAGAGAGGAUUCAGCAUGCAAGUGGCUGUUUAUGGUGGUUUUAAUACUGUGCAGAGCGAGCUAAUAAACCAACAUUGCUUGUGAUGCAGGGGCCAGCAAUGCACCCCAGGAGUGAAAAAGUUCCUCGAGGGUACUGAUAAUGCUGUGAAUUUCUCCUGCACGGAGAAUCCAUUUAAUUCAACUGUAUCAGUAGCACGGUAUUUUUGUAUGUCAAAGUGUAUGACUUACUGACAUGAACUCAUUUAAUUGCAAACAUUUUGAAAUAAAGAGUCUUAUCUGUGUUGCUUA